AUGGGAUUCACCCAGGACUUUGUGACGGUUAUUGGACCACCAUUUCAGUCUCCAGUGGCUCUUUUCACAGCGACCGUGGUGGCUGUUCUCCUGUACGGUCUGGUGUUAGGUAUAUAUCGCAUCACAUUGCAUCCGUUGGCAAACUUUCCGGGUCCUAAGCUUGCUGCUUUUACUCAAUGGUACGAAACGUACUAUGAAUUCUUCAAAUCUCCAGGUGGACAGUACCUGUGGCAUUACCGCAAAUUGCAUGAGAAGUAUGGCCCCAUUAUCCGUUUAAGCCCUUAUGAAAUCCAUAUUCAGGAUUCUUCCUUCUUCGAGGAGAUGUACUCGCAAUCACUACCAUGGGAUAAACCGAAAGCUCUCGAGCACCGUUUCAACAAUCCUAAUGGCUUAUUCCCAACACACAAACACGAGGUCCACCGUCAUCGCCGGGCAGCUCUCAACCCAUAUUUCUCAAAACGCGCAAUCAAUAACGCCGUACCGAUGAUGCAGGAGCAGAUCACUAAGCUCUGCAGCCGCUUGCGACGGGAGUAUCAAGGGACCGGGAAGAUCUUUCGUCUUGACUGGAUGAUGGGAUGCAUCGCAUCGGAUAUCAUUGUCCGGUUUUGUCUCGAUCGUGGAUAUGAUUUUCUCGAGGCACCAGACUUCAAAUCUCCCUUCAUCCAAGCGUUAUUCGAUCUACUGGAUGGAGUUCAUUUGAUUACACAGUUCCCUUGGGUUGCCACUAUUUUUAAUUCUCUGCCACAGGGUGUGGUGGAGGCAUUGCAGCCGGGCUUGAAGUCUGUGCAUAAUUAUAAUCAGGAAAUGGCCGAUCAAGUUUCCGAUAUUCUUGCGAACAAAGAAAAACGGAAAGGCUCAGAGCAGACAAACGUCUUCAAUGCAUUGCUAGACUCUGAUCUGCCUCCAGAAGAGCUCACUUUGACCCGUCUACAACAGGAGGCUAUCACUGUUAUCGGAGCAGGCUUCGAUACGACAAGAUAUGCCCUGUCCGUGGCGAGCUUUCACAUCAUCAACACGCCCAACAUCUACAAACGUUUACGCGAGGAGCUACAAGCUACGAUACCCGAUCCCAACAAUAUGCCAUCGUUAACCGACCUGGAAAAGCUUCCUUAUCUAACCGCUUGUAUCCAAGAAUGUGUCCGCAUGUCCUACGGUACAAGCCAGCGCGCCUUCCGAAUUUCGGACCACAUAUCUCUCGCUUACAAGAACUACGUGAUACCCCCGGGAACAGUAGUUAGUAUGGAUAACUACUCCGUCGCCCACGACGAAGAGAUAUUCCCCGACUCGUAUACGUACAAACCCGAGCGUUGGCUUGGGGACCCUCUCGCUCCUGAUGGAAGAAAGUUGACGCGAUACCUUGUUUCCUUUGGUAAAGGCACCCGGUCGUGUCUCGGUAUCAAUUUAGCCUACGCGGAGAUGUAUUUGACCAUCGCGAACGUUUUCCGUAACUUCGACUUUGAGCUGUUUGAGACAGAUCGUUCUUCUGUGGAUUGCUAUCGCGAUAUGUUUUUGCCGCAUGUUAAGCCUGGAUCGCAGGGCGUUCGCGUUCGGAUUAGCUAG